UGAAUCUGUGUGAUGCUCUCGUGGCCCGCAGCGCGGGCAGGUGCGUGGUUGUGGUGACGUGCUGGAGGCCAACUUAAGGCAGGCAAGGAAAUUGUGGGACACCUACAAUAUACACCUGAUUUGCGGGCUAGGUAGCUGUGGACCAGACCACCUUUAGAAAUCUAGCUGCUCUUUAGGAAUAGCCAAUAAGUCAAGUCGAGAUGCCUCCCAAAAAGGUCCAAGGUCCUUCCAAGAAGACUGAAGAAAAGAAGAAGGCAAAAGUAGUAGAGGACAAAACAUUUGGUCUGAAGAAUAAGAAGGGAGCAAAGCAGCAGAAGUUUAUUCAGCAUGUUAGCAAAAACGUGAAGGCUGGGGGAGACCCAAUUCAGAAAAAGAUUGAAGAACAAAGGAAGAAGGAGAAGGAGAAGAAGGAGCAGGAACAGAAAGAGAAGGCAAUGAUUCAAGACUUGUUCAAACCUGUGGUGGAAAAGGUGGACAAAACUGUGGAUCCCAAGUCAGUGCUUUGCCCAUAUUUCAAGCAGUCAGUAUGCGCUAAGGGCCUGAAAUGCAAGUUCUCACAUGACCUCAAUAUCGGCCGCAAGGUGGAGAAGCGGAACCUCUACGUCGACUCGCGCGACGUGAACGACGACCCGUCUGGGUGGGAUGCUGACAAGCUUAACUCGGUCAUCAACGCCAAGGAAGGCGAGACCGAACAGAACAAGCCGAAAACCACCAUCAUCUGCAAGUACUUCCUGGAGGCAGUGGAGAACAGCAAGUACGGCUGGUUCUGGCAGUGUCCGUCGGGAGACAAGUGCAUAUACCGGCACGCCCUUCCGCAGGGCUAUGUCCUGAAAAAGGACAUGAAAAAAGCCGACAAGUCGGAGGAGAUUUCUAUCGAGGAGCUGGUGGAAAAGGAGCGGGCGGCGUUGGGCUCCAACCUCACCAAAAUCACCUACAUCACAUUCUUGGCCUGGAAGAAACGAAAAUUGGCCGAGAGGAAGAAACAGGACGCCAAGAAGCAGGCGAAGAAGAAAUCAGACGUCAAGAGCGGGAAGAGCGGUGGGCUGUCUGGCAGAGACAUGUUUAUGUAUAAUCCGGACCUGGGUGACGGAGAAAUGGAAGAGGGCGACGAAGGCAUGGACCUAACGGAGCUGAAGAACGAGGAGGGCGAGGAGGAAGGGGAGGAGAGUGUCGUGUACAAGACAUGGACGUUGGAGGGGAUUGAAAAUGAACAGAUCAGCGAGGCUGAAGCAGUGAAGGCCAAGGAGGCGGCGGCCAAAGCAGCCGAGGCGGGCGCGGUGGGCGGCGCUGACGCGGUGCCCAUCGACGAGAACCUGUUCGACGCCGACGACGCCGAGCUGGACGGUCUGGACGAGGAUUUGGACGAGCUGGACAUCAGCCAAUGAUGGCGGCCGGCUCGCGGGGGCCGCUGCGCGCCGCGCGGGUGCCGGCCCGCCCGCCGCCGGCGCCAGCCCAGCGCCACCCGCCGACUCGCGGACGGCCCGAGCGCGCGCAUCGGCGGCGUCGGGCAGACUGUGGGGAACCGGCGGGAACCGGCGUGGCUCGUCACACGUCCGCAAGUGAAGGGGUCGGGCUGUUAUAGGUUAUUGGUGCGGAUGGUGCGCUUUUGGCUAACAGAACGACUGUGACAUCGUUCGGUACUCGGCGGUUCGCAACGGGUUAUGGAAAUCGGUGUUCUUUUCGUUGUCUUUCCUUCAACUUUUGUAUCAGAAUGCUGACCGGAAACUUUAUGAUGGACACAGGACAAACUGCUGGAUAGACAUUUUAUCUCAAAUAAAGCACACGAGAACCUCUGGCGUACCUACUUUGCGUGCGAAGCUGUGUGCCUGUGUGUUUAUCGUUUCAUCCCAUGCCCCGCGAAGUGUACGGCUAUUUAGCUGGUGAUUAUAUGUAUUCCUCAAUAUGUUGGUCCACACCGAAAUUUUCCAGAACUUGAUCUGCUGUUGGACCGGUUAAAUCGGGAUAUUUACAUGCGUGUUGAUAUGAAAUGCUUCUGUUAACCUGCGGUGCUUUUAAUUCACAUAAAGCGUUAAUUUGAUAGCCGAUGGAGCCUUUUAACGUAAACCUAGAGCGAGACGCUUUUUUGUACCUCAAAUUGUUUCAUGUCAAUAUCGUCUUAAAUUGGACCGGUCCUACUGCCACCGACUGCAAUUUGCCUGGCGAAUGCGGCUCCUAUUCACGUGUGUUUUGUAAGCCGUGUGAGAGCUCCAAACCAUUGCCUUGGUCCGAUAUCUUGGGUUGUGCGCCGCGUAUGUGCUUCGCGAAACGUGACGUGAAGCAUCGCCAACAUGUGUCGUGGUGAUGUCUGCUCGCAGGCGAAACUAACACGGAGUCAGCUGUCGUAAAAGCGGA